GUGUUACUAUUCUACAGCACGAGCUGGAGCAGUAGGCAUGAUUGUGUCCACUCUAACACAAGACGUAGCACCUUGUUUUGGUACAUAUUAGACAAGUGAAAUGAGUGGGAAAAGGAUACCGCGUCGUACUCAGAUGGGCUACUGAUUUUGCAAGUAUUUAACAAAAAUUUCUUCAUGCAUUUAUUUUAAUUAUAUUUCUGUGGUUAGAGAAUAUUGGCUGGAUUGUCUCGCUAAAUAAAUGGGGUCGCACAUAGGCGAUGCUUUCUUUGAUAGUAAAUGUACGAUUUUCGACAUAACUGGGGGUGCGUUUCAGGUUUUUCUCCCACCCUACUCAGGAUUUACAAUAUUGUACCGAUUUUUGUAUAUUACCUUUUUUUAAAAAAAAUGAAUUGAAGAUGAAAAACUCUAAUAUAAGAAAUCAACUAUACGGGAGGUCUACAUAUCCGUGCUGACGGUUUAUUUGGCUCUGCGUUGUGAGCCUGUAAUUGAGGCAAGGCGAUGGCUUUUUAAAUCUGUAAACAUUGUUAAAGUCGUGCACGAGUUUGAAUUAAUAUAAAAUAUUUAAAAGUUUAAAGGUGUUUUAGCAACAUGGCAAAUCCAGUUACAGAACAGGGUUGUUUUUCAGACGUGAGAAAGGUGGGCUAUUUAAGGAAGCCUAAAAGCAUGCACAAGAGAUUUUUUGUUCUGCGGAUUGCCACUGUAUCAGGACCUUCUAGACUGGAAUAUUAUGAAAAUGAGAAAAAAUGGAACCAGAAGGCUGGGGCUCCCAAAAGGUCAAUUUUACUACAUAACUGUUUUAAUAUUAACAAAAGAGUAGAUUCCAAAAACAAGUAUUUAAUCGCUCUGUACACUAAGGAUGAGUAUUUUGCAGUUGCAGCUGAUAGUGAGCAAGAGCAGGAUCUGUGGUAUGAGGCACUAGUUGACCUGCAUAACAGAGGGAAGAUCUAUGCACCUUUUGGGAACAGCAUAACUGUGGAGGACUAUGGAGAGGCCACCCCCGGACCUGCUUUCAAAGACGUCUGGCAAGUUAUUUUAAAACCCAAGGGCUUAGGACAAAUAAAGAAUUUGGUUGGGAUUUACAGACUGUGUCUGACAAAUAAAACAAUCAGCUUUGUGAAACUUAACUCCGAUGCUGCAGCUGUCGUGCUUCAGUUAAUGAACAUUAGGCGCUGUGGUCACUCUGAGAAUUUUUUUUUCAUAGAAGUAGGACGAUCUGCUGUUACGGGAUCCGGAGAGUUUUGGAUGCAGGUGGAUGACUCUGUUGUUGCGCAAAAUAUGCACGAAACAAUCUUGGAGGCAAUGAAAGCCAUGAGUGAAGAGUUUCGUCCUCGGAGUAAAAGUCAGUCCUCCAACUGUUCCAAUCCCAUUUCCGUUCCACUGAGAAGGCAUCAUCACAACAACCCACCCCCCAGCCAGGUGGGACUCAGCCGAAGGUCCCGGGCAGAGAGCCUCACAGCCGGUUCACCUGCCUUUUCAGGAAAACACAGUCACUCUUUUAGGGUGCGGGCUUCCAGUGAUGGCGAGGGAACCAUGUCCCGCCCUGCAUCAGUGGACGGGAGUCCAGGAAGUCCGAUUACUGCCCGGACCCACCCUCACCGCCCUAGAGGUUCCUCUAGGCUCCACCCACCUCUCAGCCAUAGUCGCUCCACUCCCAUGCCUGCUGCCUGCUGUUCCCCUUCUGCUACUAGUCCAGUCAGCCUUUCAUCCAGCAGUACUAGUGGCCAUGGUUCUACCUCUGAUGGCUUAUACCCACGUCGCUCCAGCACCUCAGUUUCUGGGUCUCCUAGUGAUGGGGACUUCAUCUCUUCUGACGAAUACGGAUCAAGUCCCUGUGACUUCAGGGGCUCAUUUCAUAGUGUCACGCCAGAUUCCAUAGAGCACACACCUCCUGCCAGAGAGGAGGAACUCAGUAGCUACAUAUGUAUGGCAACAGCUGGCCUGCAGUUGAAUGGAUAUAGUGGACAUUUUCAGUCUUGUUGUUCAGAGUCUUGCACAGCGGAGCCAGAGAAAGGCUUCAGGAAGAGGACACACUCUUCAGGUGCCUUAGUCAAUACUACCUGCUACCAGAAGAACCCCUCUCAGGAUUCUGCAGGUUCAUAUACAGUAAUGAUGCCAAUACACCAGUGCAUCAGAAUGCCCAUCGAUAGACAAUCAGCAUUUGCAGCCACAGAUUCAUACCCUGAGCAGGAUCUGCAAACAGAUGCUAGUGCUAUAGGUCACAAGGAUGAUGGGUAUAUGCCCAUGUCCCCAGGUGUGGUUCCUCAGCCUUCUAAAAGUAAUGAGUACAUGCCCAUGAGCCCUCGAAAUGUGUCGGCACCUCAGCAAAUUAUCAGUGCCCACCCUGUCUCAUUAAUGCAUGGCUAUAUGAUGAUGUCACCCAGUGGAAGUUGUUCCCCAGAGACAAAGUACAGCAAAAUCUGGACUAACGGGACCGAUCCCAAACUCUCAGUGGAGAGUAACGAUGGAGAGGUGGCCUUUGGAGAUUAUAUGAACAUGUAUCCAGCUAGUUACUCCAGCAAAAGUUCUCUGGCAGACUGUUGCUUCCACCCAUUGGAGGAGCCAUGCAAUCCUCUUAAUUCUUACCACUCCCUGCCUCGCUCUUUUAGGCAUAGAGAUAGACAACACCAUCAGACACCCCGGCCCUUGUCUGUCAUUUCUGUCCAGUUGGAAGAGUCUUCCUCUUCCUCUGCUAGUAGUGACAGUCUCGGGGGACGAAAUGGUGGGCAACAAAUAGUCACACCCACAAAGGUAGAAUUUUUGGGCCAACCGAAACGACCAACUCACCUUUUUCUAGAAAACUGCAAAGCCGGUACGCUUCCACGUGCCAGGGAAAACACCUUCCCAAAUGAACCUAAAAGCCCAGGAGAAUAUGUCCACAUUGACUUCAAUGAUCAGUCCUCCACAGCAAGCCUGGUGUCCCUCCUACCUGUGUGUUUAGAUGGUAGCUGUGAGAGAUCUGAGCAACAAUUUUCUGAGUACAUGAAUACAGAACUGGGUUCUGGCAGUAAUCUUUGCCGUUCAGACAAAAUAUUGGCUUCUGCAGAUCAGCCAACCAUUGUAGAAGCUCCUUCCCUUUCUGUUCUUGGCAGUGAUGACUUACAGAGCAGCGAUUAUGUCAGUAUGCAGUUGAGAUCCACUUGUGUGAACCACGCUGAGGAACAUCUGAUUCUCAGAAACCCCAAAAUGGACAGGUCUGCUCCUGAAGCCCCAUCAAACAUUAUAUCACCCAGGCAUGAAGGUGUAGCAUUGAAUGGGUUUCCUGGGAUGAUGAACCAAACAUCUGGCUUAGGUGCUUUCACCAGAGUGAGUUCCAGCUCCAACCAAAAGCAGGGUACCAGAGUCAUUCGAGUGGAUCCACAGGGCCAGUGUCGACAUGGUUCUGAGACCUUUUCAUCAACAGCAGUGGCAUGUGGUAUAAUGGCACCAUUCAGCAUGCAAAACGGGAAGUGCGACAGCUCUGCAUCCUUUGAAAAUGUUUGGUUAAAACCCUGUGAGUUGGCAACUCAAGAAAAAAAUGGCAUGUCUUGUGAGACUGGACCUUCUCCCCAGGAUAGCCUUAAUUACAUUUAUUUGGACCUACUCAAAGAUCAAAACCCUCUGGAGUUAAACUCUCAAAUAGCCAAACCUUUGGAUUCACAGAAUGGCAAUAACUCUGAUUUAAACGUGUAUGCAAGCAUUACUUUUGAGAAGUAGAAGAACUGAGGAAGAAUCAAGGAUGUAGAGAAGGUAAUGAUUCCUGAAUAUUUCUGAAUGUUAUUUUCAUGCUUGUUUAUCUGAACAGCAGUAUAAAUAUGGCUUGCAUAGAGUCAUUUCUGAUUUUCUUGCUCACAGAUAAGUAGACCACUUAAUUGUUUGAAGUACUCUGUAGCCCUUUACUGAACAAGCGGUUGGAAGAUGAAUGGACUAAUUCAUUAUGUAUAGAAAUAAUCUAUGCUGGUGUACACACAUGUCAUUCUAUCCAGUUACACUACUAUCAGAGAAACAAUUGCAUAUUGAGUAAUUACUUUAGCAAUGACUUUUAAACCUUUCACUGACAUCCCAACUAGUUAUAGUGCUGACAUGGUUAUUUAAGUAUUAAGUAAAAAAUUGAGGUGAAAGAUGUAUUUGAGGUGAAUGACUUAAUUUGCUUCUUUCGUUAACUGAAUAUGAUCCAAAACACUAGCAGUUUUAACAACGUAAAUCAUAAACGGCUGUAAUAUAAAUUAACUUAGAAACCCCUCUAAAAAUAUAUCUGUAUUACACAACCACUUCUUAUUAUUAAUUGGCCAAACUAUGAACUUACGCAUGGACAAAGUUUUGCGUUCCUCAAAAAGUAAAAGCAGCGAAAUUACCAAUAAACUGACAUUUAAAGUAAAGGUACAUAAAAAUUAAGUACAAAAAUUCAGAGGAAAACGAAAAUUUUAUGUACUAUUUGCAGUCAGUCCUGCUAUAACGUGUCUCACACUGAAAAUCCGUUGUAACGUGAUUGAUAUAUUAGUACCCAAGUCCAAUGCAAUGUGGAAUUGCAUUUGUAUUUGCAUGAUUUUUAGAUGCUUGUAAUUAAAGAAAAGCAUUAUGUGAACUACAGUGUGAUAUGAUAAUGGCAAGAAACUACUGGCAUGCAAAAACAGCUAUCCAAGUGAACAAUAGUGAUGUCCGAUUCUUGUACGAAUUGUUCUUUUGAGCCAUUUCUGUGCAGUGAAUCAGAUAAACCGGUUUCCAAAUCUAAAACAAUUAAACUUUUUGUACAUUCACACAUUGCACAGGUCAAAGUGUUUAGAUUCUAAAAAACUAAAAAUAUGUGUCAAAUUAUCAUAAAAACACAUAGCAACCUUUUAAAAUUCACUUACAUUUUCUUUUCCUAGACUGUAGUCCCUCUGUAUACCGUAAUCUGUUGUAUUUGUCCUAUAUGCAUGCCCAGCUGCAGGGUGGCUGUGUUACCAAGUUUACGAGUCACAUUCCUCUGAUCCUUUUUUUCCCCCCAUUGCAAAAUAAAUUCUUGAUUCUUAGAAAAUAGAUAUAGACUAAAUACAUAUUGACUAAAGUUUACCUGAAAUGAAAUGUAAAUGGUAUUUAACAAUCAGAUUGUUCAGUUAAAUGCUUAUUUUCAAAA